CAGGGAGGGGAGGCAAAGCGACAGUGACAGCGAUAAGGAUCACACCGUUUCCAGUUUGUGCAAACGCGUUUCGCCGACGGUAAUCAGCACAUGGCCAUGCGUGGGAUAACAAGUAGCCGGGCACGGGAGGGUGCUGCGAGGUCCAUCUACGUGACGGCAAUACUGGCCGUCUUGCUUUUGUUCCACGCUAGAGCCUCUGGUUCCGCCGUCGGCGCUACACUGGCAGCUUCGCCAGUAGCCGGGAGGGUGCUGACUGCCAUUCGCUCGGCACCGCAGGAUGUUGCUGAUACCGCUGUGGCGGUAGUGUCGUGGCAACGCGCUGCGCGCAAGAGAAGAAGUGGAGGUCUAGCUGGACACCACGGGCAGGUCGCAACGCGCAGUUUUCGCGCCGCCCGCUGCAGCAGGCUUAAAAUGCAACGCAGCAGCAGUUCGUCCUCCGUUACGAUCACCGCAAACACCAGGGUGCAACGGCUGCGUUCGCGUGUGCGCCACACGCAAGCAGCUUCAUGGUACAGAAUAUUCGGUAGAAGAAGACGUGCGGAGGAUACGGUGGAACCUGCCCACGGCGAUGACAGCCGCCGAGCAAAGCAAGCCGGAGCUCUAGGCAACGACAGCAGCGACGAGACGGUGACAAAGGGCGACACACACGAUAAAUCUCCGGAGAUCGCUGCACGAAGAUCCAGGGGCGGGGGGGAGGUCCACCUUAAUUUCAAAGAGGCUCUGUUCGCAGGAGCCGUCAGUAGAAGCAUAGCCCACACGUCUGUGCACCCAGCAAUCGUGGUAAAGACGUUGAUGCAAGGGCGCGGGACUUCUGCGCAGCUGUCCAGCCUGUCGCUCAAGCUGCUCAGUCGCGGCGCCGGCGCGCAGUUCGUCAUGAGCCUUCCUCACGGAGCGUUCAACUACGCAACCCUGGAGGUAAUCAUGGGCUUGUCGGCCAAGUUUUUCCCCGCCGAUUGGAGGGAGACGGCCGGGCCAGUGUUGGACUUCGUCACCUCAGGGGUGGCGACUCUCUUGUGCUCGGUCGUUAGCACCCCUCAGGUUGUCAUCGAAGACCGAAUCAUGACUGGGAUGUAUCCGAACCUCGUCAGCGGAUUCCGCGAGAUAUCCAGGAGCGAAGGUUUGCGGGGCUUUUAUACUGGCUGGAGUGCCAACGUCUCGCAAAAGAUUCCAAGCUACGGGUUGACGUGGGUAUUUUACCAGGCGUCGAAACGGCUCUACAAAAAGAUCACCCACCGUGCUCCCACUGCCACGGAGAGCUUUGUGCUGGGAGCGGUGGCGGCGGGUGGAGCCGUGUGCGUCAUGCUUCCCCUUGACACCGUGUUGACUCGGGUCGUGACCCAAAGAGCCCAGCCCGGCUUCGUACCGUACAAGGGUGCGUUCAGAACGCUGGGCCGCAUCGUCAAAGAGGAAGGCCUCGGCGCCAUGUACAGCUCCCUCCCUGCGAAACUCGUCUCGGUCGUCCCCGCAAUAGGGAUUCAGUUCGGGAUCUACGACUACUUCCGCAAGCAGCUGAUUAGCCGUAAGGACGAGGACGGGGACGACGGGCUGCUCCCUCGAGACGGCCUGCUGCCCCCGUCGGUGAGACGGAGGCUGGGGCUUGGCAACGACGGCCGGGGCGGAGACGACUCCGACGACGACUUCGCGAGGAGGAUGUACCUCGCUGAGGAGGAGCUGCUCUAAUAAUGACUGCUGCGUCGGCAACAAGGUGGACAAAAACAUAGACAGUGUUGACGGUUGUCCGCAGAGCAAUGGGGUGGCCUUGAACGGAUUCUGCCGAUGCCAUGACGAAGUUGAUGCAAGUCCACUCCCAGCGCGGUUUGGCUGUUGCCUUGCGCAUGGCCGUGCAGGACCUGCCGACAGGUGUCCAAAUCAGCCAGCGGCUACUCUUAAUGUAGUUUUGGCGAUGAUGACUCGGAGGAGGGAUUGGGGUCUGCAAUAUUUGCGGUGCAAAGUGUACUUCGGCGUCUCCAUCGUACGGUAGGUUCAGCCAGAGCCUACUCUGUGAUGUAGAUUUGGUUAUAGAUGAGUCGGAGGAGGGAGUGGUUGGGUUCCUGCCAUUUUUUCCGCGUCACGUGGACUUCGGGUUAUUAUAGGUCCUCGCAUGCGCCACUUUGAAUGCUCUUCGACUUGUGCGAAGUAGGGUAAUGUCAUGCACGCCGUACUGCGUGACCUCGCGUCCCUCCAAUAACGGUCUGAGCACGCCGGGUUUUCGUCGAAUCAGCAUAUCUCAGCACAAGCGUGAAGCGCCGUGACAUGUCCGGCGAGUCGCCUGAAUGGGACAAGUUGCAUCUUCCUACCAAGGAUGUGCGGAGUAGACGGAAAACAAGGCGUUUUACAUUUGUAUCGUCAGGUGUUCCCGUGCAUGAGCAGGAUUUUCGCACCGAGAUGUAUUGCUGAGGUAGGUUCAUCCGAAUGUGUCGGCUUACUUACACGAUUAGGGCACGGUCUACGGUCGGUUCUGGUUGUUUGGAACGAUCCGAUGUGAUCAGCACGUUUUUUAUGGUUCUGGUUAUUUGGUGCACAUGAUCUGCGUGUCUUUUUCCGGUUUUGGUUGUUUGAUACGGCGGCACAUGAUUUGCGCGUUUGUUUCUGUGCUGAAGAUCGCUGCGUGUUGUUCGAAAACCUAGGCACUCUUCAACCCGAUUUCUUUGUUCGUGACUCUCGUCGCGUUUUCGUCGGAAAAGUAGGCUAGCUUGUGGUUUUUUUCGUGAGGCGCUUUUACUUCAUGUCCACCGAUAACAUGAUGGCAAAAUGGGCAUAUUGAGGUGGUGUGCAUUCAUUCCAGGGGGCGUAAGAGGUGCGGUAGCAUUAGUCUCAUGUUGGUAUGAUGAAUCUCGCGUCAAUCCGUGCGUGCGUGCUUGCGUGCGUUGGUUCGUUGUGGUAUGUAGUGUUGAUGGUCUUCACCCUUUUGGAGGAUAAGUUUUACUCUAUAGGAGGACCUUUACUCGGCUGUACGACAGGGACCUAAAACCGUGAAGUUUUUAGUAGCGAGAAUAUAUGUCAAGGAACGGUCUGGUGUGUGACCAACUUUUGCCUCGUGUCAGUUUUUAGGCCACUGUUCUAGGAAUGGUGGCGUUUGUCAUACGUUGGUUAUGCGGCAGCCUGCUCACUCAACAACUUUUGUUCUCUUGAUAUCGUCGCUGUAAAUUAAUCGUUAGUUUCGCGCUGACAGCUUCAAUCGUCGACAAAUCGGUUGCCUUGUCCCAAUACUUGAUGCACAUUUCUGUCCUUCGUGUACUAAGUUCGUGCCCGAUCCUCGUCUUGCUGUACGGCACAAGCCCAUACUUCUGGAGAAGAAAAAGUAUUUGGCCUUGACAAAGA